AUGUACAUCGAUCACCACAAAGUAAGCAAUGAUGAUUAUUUAGCGUUCAAGGUGCAAGUGCGGGUGCAGGAUGAGAGUGGUAGUGUUUCUUUUGAUAUGUUUGAUAGGGAUGUUCAGAAGUUUCUUGGAUUAGCGGCGAGUGACAUAAGAGAGAGGCAGGUUAAGGCCAAUGAUACUGGAUUCCCUUUUGAGAUAUUUCGAUUGGUUGAUAAGAAGGCUGCUUUUAAGAUUGAUGUUUCAGAGUUCAAUCUUAAAAAUGACUAUCGUGUUUAUACUGUGCAAAAAACAACUGAUGAUCCAGUAAUAAUUGCUCAGUUGGUUGGUGGAGAUGGUAAUGGUGAUGAAAAUAAUGAGGAGGUUACUCAAGAGGUAGCUGAGGUUAAAGACGUUAACCUUUCAGACUCUUCUCAGGAUGUUGUCUCUGUUACGGCCGACUCUUCAGUCGUUGAAGUUGAAAAGGAUUCUGGAUCAAGUCCCAAUGGAAAGCAGAUGACUCAAGAUGCUGAUGUUGCCAACGUUGAUGAGCUAUCCACUAAUGUGAGAAGAACCCGGAAGAAGCUGACUACGGUUAACAAUUAG